AUGUCUCUCCCUGUAUCCUCCGUUGCUCUCUCACAAAAUGGAGAAUCAUCAGAUGCCAUUCGCCGGACUGCAAAUUUUAAACCAAGCAUUUGGGGUGACCGUUUCGUCAAUAACAAUAUUCCCGAAGAACAGGUUAUUCAUGUUUCUAAAGUACGCGAAGUCGAAGAACUGAUAGCAGAAGUGCGACGGGAGUUGUUAGCCUCUGCAGAUCAACCUUCCAAGCAGCUGAACAUCAUUGAUGUACUUCAGCGCUUAGGGGUGGCGUACCAUUUCGAAAGGCACAUCGGAGAAGCACUAGAACGUAUUUAUGCUUCCUCGGGUGCCAUUCAUGAUGACAAUGAUCUUUACAAUGUUUCCCUUCAUUUUCGACUACUACGUCAACAAGGAUUUCGUGUUUCAUCAGAUGUGUUUAACAAGUUCAAAGAUGAAAAGGGUCAAUUCAAGGCAAGCUUGAGAGCCAACAUUCCAGGCUUGCUAGCCUUUUAUGAAGCCACACAUCUUAGGGUGCAUGGAGAAGAGAUCCUUGACGAGGCUCUUAGUUUCACCACCACUCAACUGGAGUCAGUGAAAUCCAAUUUGAGGAAUCCUUUAGCAACACAAGUAACUCAUGCACUAAACCAAUCCCUGCACAAGGGCAUUCCAAGGCUAGAGUCCAGGGUUUUCAUUACGCUCUACCAAGAAGACACCUCCCAUAACAAAGCUUUGAGAUCCCAAUUGAGAUCUCUAAGCCCAUUAGCAUGA